GUGCAGUAUUCGUCAUGGCGCACUGACAACUGCUGUGGAACUGGUGGAGCAAGGCCGUGCCGUAUUCUGGACCCAGUUGGCACGCUUACGCUCACCGCUCGAUGAACUUUCCCUGUCCGGUGACGCCGGCGCAGCCUUGGAGAAAGAGUUCAAGCAGCUGAGCUUUGGCCUUCGUAGUGCGCUUGAUCAGUCUACUGAAGAGCAGUCCCCACAAAUCCGACAACUGACCAUGCAAUGGAAUGAUGUCGUCUCCCGCAUCCGCAUGCUGCCUGACUUUUCUCGGUUUCUCCUGCCUCCCCUUUUCUCCAACCUACAGAAGGCUGCUGAAGAAGGACCUGUCAUCAUCGUCAAUGCAAGCCAAUAUGGCUGUGACGCCUUGAUUAUCUUCAGUGCACAAGAUCCUGUCCACGUUCCACUCGAUAUCCCGCAGACUGAACUCUCCGAGUUGUCUUCGGAGUUUCAGUCCCUCUCAGAGCAAUUUGGUGCUUCUGAUCGUCACAACAAACUUGUCAGCAUCCUCCGCAAGCUUUGGGAUCGUGUUGUGGACCCCGUGGUCCGAGCUCUUGGGGCGUCUAAAGUCCACCAUGGCUCGCGUAUCUGGUGGUGCCCCACUGCCGAGUUCACGCUUCUUCCUCUACAUGCAGCAGGACCGUACGAGAAGAACAAAAACAACUUAUCUGACAUUUAUAUCUCUUCUCACACCCCCACUUUGGCGACACUCAUCCGGGCGAGACAGCGGGUUUCUCAAGAGGUGUCCACACAACAUUUUGUUGCCAUCGGUCAAGCGAAUCCGGACAGAGGGAAGGAACUCCGUCAUGUCGCUCCUGAGUUAGCCAUCGUCGCUCAGCGUCUCAGGCCCGUCGUCUCCUUCACAUCACUCGAGGAUGGCGAUGCAACAGUCCAGGGUGCACUUGAUGCACUAAAUCAUAAUCAGUGGCUCCAUCUGGCUUGCCAUGGAAUGCCACAUCGGACGCAAUCGUUCGACUCUUCCUUCGCAAUGCGCGAUGGGCCGUUGAUGAUCAAAGAAAUCAUCCGGUCCAACUGGCAGAACCCGGAGUUCGCAUUCUUAUCGGCUUGCCACACUACCGUGGGCCAUGAGAAGAGUCCCGACGAGGCGAUACAUCUCGCUGCGGCUAUGCAAUUCUCUGGAUUUCGCAGUGUGAUAGGUUCCAUGUGGUCUGUCGACGAUGAGGUUGCACGACAGAUUGUGUCCGUUUUUUACCGCAAACUGGUCGAUGGCUCAGGGAGAUUGGACUGCACGCGGGCUGCGGUAGCGUUGCACAAGGCUGUAAAAUCAUUGCGCAAGAAGAUUCCACUAGAACAGCAGAUCGUGUUUGUUCACAUGGGCGUCUAG